AUGCGCUGGCCGUCAUACCUUCCUCAAUCUCUCCCCGUCACCGCAACAGACCUCUCCGCUCCGCCCCAGUCCACCUACGACUCCACGAAUCCGCUCGAGCCACCAUGCUCACACGACCCAUACCUCCCUACUACCGGGAUCAUCUUCGACAACCCCUUUCUAUCAACUCCCAAGAGCGACUUGAACCAGCCAGAAACCCCACAGACACUCCCAAACCCCGCCAAAACGCUACAACCCACAGCCCAGCGCUCUUCAUCCGACGCCCUCAUCCUCUCUCUGCGCGCCCAGGGCCUGACGUUUCGCCAGAUUCAAGCACACGGCGGCUUCGGCAUCGCAGAAAGCACGUUGCGCGGGCGGUAUCGUGCGCUGACAAAGUGUAAGGAGGAGCGUGUGAGGGAGCCGCGGUGGAUGAAAGGUGAUAUUUCUCUCCUGCUCGCUGCCCAUGCCCAGGAAGUCGCACUGCACGGGGCGAAUCUGCGCUGGAGCCGCGUCGCGGCACGCAUGGUGCCGCCGCAGGCGAGCAGGCGGUUUGCGGCGCAGACGUGCAGCAAGAAGUUCAAAGAGCUGGGGGAGAACAUGGGUGCAUGCGGAGGGAGGAAUUAUGCAGAUCAAUGAGAGUGUGACUAAGGGACUAUAGGUUUCAGCGAAGUGUAGGCAGGGUAUAUUUGAGAUGUCGAACUUGGAUGGAAGUGUUUGUACACACUGGGAUCUAGAUGCAAUGAUGAGGACACGCUAGAUUCAUUGAUGACUUGCUACGGAUAGCACAGUGUCAGAAGCGGCACAGCCUGGUUUCUGUGUGUUUUGCGAAGUCGUGAUCUGUGCCAGCUGGCUUUCCUACGACUCGAUCGGCUCAAGUCUGCAUUAUACUGCGUGCGAGAU